UAAGCGUGACAAAACCAAGGUUACAGAGAUAUAAGUCUUGCCAUCACAUGUGUCUAACAUUUGAAGCGCCGCAUCAUAUUCAAGCGAAUGAUUUUUUGGAUGGUAAAAGGGUGUCAGCGAGAUUGACCAAAGUGUGAUGGCUCAGAAAGAGUACACACUUCUUGGGGAAUCCUUGCUCUCAUACAAGGGUGCAGCUUUCGCCUUGCAACACUUUGAAAAUGGCAUACCUGAGACACUUGAGUACUUAGACAGUUUGAAGAAUUUUCACGUAAGAGAUGGUGACGUCUUCAUAAUGACCUUCCCCAAAUCUGGCACAAUUUGGAUGCAGUACAUUGUCUCCAUUCUCUAUGAGAAUGACCAUCCUGACCUGCUGGAGAAGCCUACACAUGUACAGUACGUGUGCCCUGGCUGGAGUACCUCCGGCCGGCUCAUAACAUGGACACAAGGAAGCCUCCCAGGCUGUUGCGCUCACAUCUGCCAGAGCACAUGGCUCCUCUGGGACUACAGAGCAACAGAGCCAAAUUAUGUCACUAGGAACCCCAAAGAUGUACUGGUGUCAUACUUUCACUUCUCACAAGUAUUUAAGACUUUGGAGACUGCCGACAACCUUGAUGAAGUGCUGGAACACUUUCUGAGUGGCAAAAUCUUAGGGGGAAACUGGUUUGAUCAUGUAGAAGGUUGGCUUAACAACAAAGACAAAUAUGACAUCCUGUUUGUGAGCUACGAGGAGAUGAAAUUGGAUCUGAGAUCGGUGGUCAUGAAGAUCAGCAAGUUUGUUGGAAAGAUUUUGUCUGAUGUGGACGUUGACAAGGUCAUGGACAGGGUCACUUUUAAGAACAUGAAGAAUGACCCGAUAGCAAACUAUCACAGCUCUGUUAAAGGGAACUUAUUUGACUCAAGCAAAGGCAACUUUAUGCGGAAAGGAGCCGUCGGGGACUGGAAGAACUUCCUGACGGUGGCACAGAGCGAGCGCUUUGACCAGGUCUACCGGGAGAGGAUGAAGAGGCUUCCUCUCAAGGUCAUCUGGGACCUUAAGGAGCUGCAUGAGUGAAUGUUUCAGCAUAAAAACAUACAGUACAUACUGUACACGGUCUCUCGCUCUUUUUUUUCUCUCUCUCUCACACACACACACAAAUGAUUAUGUAUGUAUCAGGUUGGGGAGCAAUGCAAGUUUCAUUUUAUCUGCUGUGGUCACAUAGAUUAUAUUUUGUCAUGUCUUCCCAUCUGUGAGAUGUUUCUCGACUUAUCUUGUGCAUGUAAACAUAUUGACUGACAAAAAGUCAGAAUGAGCAAUUAUAACAGACGGGAAGUCCGGACAUACUGUAGCAUAUUGGAGGGGGAAUUGAGAUGUGUGAAGCACUAUUUGACUGAAAUGGUAAUCUGAAAUCAUUUAUUUUAAAAAAGACUAAAAUGUUUUGACUGAAACUUGACUAAGAUACCUUGAGUUCUCCUCUGAAU